ACUGCGGUGGCGCGCGAGCGCGCGGGGAGGCGGCAGGGGUUCCCGCGCCUGCGCACUGGCUCCGCUGCGGGCUCGGCGCGGCCACCGCCCACCUCCUCCCUCCGGGUCCGGGGCCGCAGUGCGCCUGCGCGUCCUGUCCGGCGCGCGCGCCCGAGCUCGGCGCCCCUCCCCCACUCCUCCUGAGCCCGGCCGCCCGUCAGUCAGUCAGUCAGUCAGUCGGUCGGUGGCUCAGUCGCUCGCUGCUCGCCCUCGGAGCCGGAGCCGCAGCUCUCCUCGCCGUCGUCCUCAGCCCUCGUCUUCUCGCCUCGCCUCUGCCCUUCCCGCCUCCCGUUGGCGAGGCCAUGGCGGAGCCGUCGGCGGCCACCCAGUCCCCGUCAAUCUCGUCGUCGUCCGGGGCCGAUGCCGCCGGAGCCGCGGCGGGCGGCGGGGGAACCUGCCCAGGCCUGGGGGGCAAGAGCUGCGCCUCGUCCUGUGCGGUGCACGACCUCAUCUUCUGGCGGGAUGUCAAGAAGACUGGCCUUGUCUUUGGCACAACCUUGAUCAUGCUGCUCUCCCUGGCAGCUUUCAGUGUCAUCAGUGUGGCUUCUUACCUCAUCUUGGCCCUUCUGUCUGUCACCAUCAGCUUCAGGGUCUACAAGUCUGUCAUCCAAGCUGUACAGAAGUCAGAAGAGGGCCAUCCAUUCAAGGCCUACCUGGAUGUGGACAUUGCUUUGUCCUCAGAAGCUUUCCAUAAUUAUGUGAAUGCUGCUAUGGUGCAUGUCAACAAAGCUCUCAAGCUCAUCAUCCGUCUCUUUCUGGUGGAAGAUCUGGUGGAUUCCUUAAAGCUGGCUGUCUUCAUGUGGCUGAUGACAUACGUGGGUGCAGUUUUCAAUGGAAUUACCCUCCUGAUUCUUGCUGAACUGCUGGUCUUCAGUGUUCCCAUUGUCUAUGAAAAGUAUAAGACACAGAUUGACCAUUAUGUUGGCAUUGCUCGUGAUCAGACCAAAGCAGUUGUUGCAAAGAUCCAAGCAAAACUGCCUGGCAUUGCAAAGAAAAAGGCAGAAUAAGAGCUGAGAAACUGGAAAUCCAACAGUUACUAAAACACCGUGUAAUAGUUAUAACCGUUGUUACUCGUACCUAUGAAGGAGUAUGCUCAUGUCAGCCUGAGCCUGCAUUCCAAGUUUGUUUCUUUAAUUUGGUAUUCCCCCUCCCUUAUCCUUGCCCUCAAUAUCAAGCACAAGAACAUUCGGGACUAAAAAGAACUGAUGUCUUAGAAUCCACAAGAGUAAAAGAAAGAUUCACAUUAAUAGGAUAAAUCCACAGCUAGUUUGGCGGGGGGUUGGGGAGCACGGUGGAAAGAGGAAGGCAGAGGCGGACCUCCUAAUUUUCAGAGUGGCUUUACCAAUCUCUCACCAUCAGCCUAUCUUUAUUUUUAAAUUAAAGGAGAGACGUUUUUAUUUUUGGCAAAUUAUUUUGGGACAAGAGUACGGGCAUGAAAGGACUUGAGGAAUUUUCAUGUCUUCUGGGUCUUUCGUGCCUCAUUUUCCUGCCCACUGUGGAAAAGGUCGGCAUAAGUGGACCCUGCUCUUCUCAUGGCCAUCUUCUCUCCAGUGGGACCUCUAACAAGGUUAGAGCUUUCAGUUCCAUUUCAUAACUUAGAAAUAGUCAGGAUUUUCCCUCUGUCUAAUAAGCAAGAUAUUGGUACUGGGGAAUGAGGACUAGAAGGAAACCCAGAGGAUGGAUCCUCAUCAGCCUGCCACUCUCUCUCCUCCCUAAACGAUUAAGAAACGACUGUUAUUGAGAAGUAGCAUUUGCUUUCUUCCUUUUCUGACACCAGUUCUGAGCUUUAGUCUUCUAUAACUCAUUCCUGUAUUGUGCUUUCCUCCCUCUCCCCACCUCACUUCAAGUUUAAUAAGGUUGUACCUUUCAUAUUAUGAAAUAAAAAGUCUGUAACUGCUGUACACUGCUGUAAACUUGUUAGAGAAAAAUAAUCUGCAUGUGGCCUCCUCAGUUGUUGUAAUUCUAUCACAGUCCGGGGUGGGGGAACAUGUGAAGAGGAACUUGUGAAACAUGACCCACCUCCUCCAUCUCCCUUCUUUCCACUGGGCUGUCCUCACAUACCUUUCUCAUCUUUGCCCUAAGGAGCAGUUUGCCUGAGCUGUACUAGAAACAACCCCUGACCCCCAAAACAAGGGGUUUCAGUCGGGAGGAGGAAUUCAAGCCUUUUUUUUUCUUUUACUCAGAAGAACAAAAUGCAGAUUAGUUUAUAGAAGUACAUUUUGUGGUUUACAUGGGAGUCAAACCUUGUUUUGAGGGUAGCUUUGCAUUUUGGAGGCUAUAUAUUUUUAUUUGGAAGGUUUUCUUCAUUUUUAAGGGGGAAAGUGGAGAGUAUGUCUUUUCAGCAUUUGCCUUGGCCCGAACUGCCCCUCCUGACAUGGCGAUGAAGCGGUUCUUAGCUGGAGCCUGGGGCUCCUGAGGUGCCAGGUUAUUUUGGUGCAGAGCAGUCGGGCCUAACUCUGCUGCUGGUUCGAGGAUCAUUAGUGCUUUGGUGGCUGUCUUUCCUCCCUCCUGACAUUUUCUUCUGACAGUAGAUUUGGGAAGCUCUUGAUUUCCAAUAAUACAUUGGUUGCCGAGUUUACAUGUGAGCUGCCAAAGGUGUUUAAGUAGUGGAUAUGGAAAAUCUGGAGGGAAUGGACCUAUUGUUUCUAGGCUCACAACUGCAGCUCAAUAGAAAGUAGCAUAGGAAAAGUUCUCCCUUUGUUUAAAAACUCCUUUUUAGAGAUUUUAGCUGAGUAGUAGGAAGACUUUGGUGCUGGGAACUUCAGGACGUCCUUGUCCCUCCCCAUUCAUCCUAGUCCUCUUCAGUCUGUUGUAGCAGAUGAGUCCUGAUGAGACAAGCCUUUCUCCACCCUCCAGGGCCCUGAUGGUCGUUGGGCUUCCCCCUCCAAAGGACCUCUUUGUGCCCUGGGAGCCUCCAUGCCUUGCGCUUCUGUCUGUUCUAUUAUUACUGCUGUGUUUUGGUCAUUGGACAGAUCUCUGUGCCAGGCAGGUUUUGUUGUUGUUUUUUUUUUUUUUAAGGAAAAAAAUGUAGACAAAAAAUUACUAAUGAAGCUCUGUGUGUGUGCGUGUAUGUGCGUGCAACAUAAAAUACAGUAGCAGCCCUUCUAAGGAGCCUGGAGAAUCUUGGUUCCUGUCAAACUGCAAAUUGAUGUAUUAAUAAAAAGAACACAUUGUCUGUGA